UUGGCGGGUAAGGGGAAAAAGGUAAACAUGGAGGAAAGCAGCUGUCCUCAGCAGCUAUCGGAAAGAGUUGAAGAAGACAACUUUAACGAAAAGAAUACAAACGCUGCCCUGGGAGAGGCUUCCUCACAGAUGUCGAACACGGAUGGCGUGAAUAAACCAGCAGAGGAAACCAACGUUCAGUACAAUAGGCUGAAGCUGUUUGACAAAGUGAUGCAGAAAAGUUUAAAAAAAUUCGUAGAGAUCGCCAGUGACAAAGGAUUUGCUAGCAUGUUCCGUCCAUUGUAUAAGAAGAAUCCCCAGAAGAUGGAAAGCAUUCACAAGAAGUUUGCAGAGGAGCUGCAGAAAACUAUUCAGGAGGACAUCAGCAGGCUAACCGAAGAAGGCAUGUUGGAGUUCAAGUUGAAUGAGCUCGACAAGCUGGAAGAUGCUGCUAAAAACGAUCCAAACCCUGCAUGGCGUCCAAGUGGAAUCCCUGAGCAAGACUUCUGCAGUUUUUUGAUGCCGUAUUACCAAAAACAGGAGGCCUUCCUGCGACUGGAGCUGAAGAAGAUUCAAGCAGAGAAUGCUGCUCUGGCUCAGAAGGUUCAGGCAGGAAGAGAAAAUAUUGCUCAGACUGAACAGCGGAUUUCCACAGCUGUCAAUGAGUGGAAGGCCGCUGUAGCUGAGUUUGAAAAGCUGUCUUCUUCCCUUUGUCCUGCUGAUGUUUUUGAUGUGUGAUCAUCAAAUCAGCUGACAGGAAAUGAUUUUGUAUAUUUUGUUUGUUUUUAUAUUUCUGAAUAAAGAAAAAAAAUACGUUCUGGAA